AACAAUAUCUAACUCAGUGCAAAUAUAUUUGAUAGAGCCCAGGUUGACAAGGAAGUUAAAUGUAGGACAUUCUUUUGGAGUACACACUCGGAAAAAUGAUUGAACAAAAAUUAGGAAGACCUGAUCCAAAAACAUUCAAAUACUGAGCUGCGGUACGAAAAUGGAAGUAUCUGGUCGUAAGACACAUGGUGCGUCAGGAGGGCAACCAUCUGCUGAAGAUGGGGAAAUAUUCUGUCAACCGUGUAGCAGUGACGAUGAUUGGGUGGUUGCCAUGGGAUACUGUAAGAACUGUAAUGAAUACUUCUGCGCUGCAUGUCUAAAAGUUCAUCGAAAACAAUCCGUGAGCAGAAAUCAUGUUAUUUUAGAAGGCAAAAUUAUGCCGAAAUUCCUGGUACCGGAAGUAGACGUAGAACCUUGCUCCGAGUUAUGUGCAAAGCAUACCAAUGAAAUAGUUAAAUUCUAUUGCUCCUCUCACGACAUAAUAGGAUGCGGUGAUUGUAUGGUCUUAGAACAUAAAGCUUGUAAAGUAGAUCGAAUCCAAGACAUCUCAAAUGGCUAUUUCAAUGGUCAGGAACACACGCGGCUAGUUGAAACAGUAGAAAAAUUUCUUCAGAAUCUGGAAGAUUUAGGGGCAUGCAAACAAAUGGCUGAGGAAGAUAUGAAGGCAACACAUACAAAGGCUUUAGCUGACAUAAGGGCAUUUAGGAAAGAAGUGAAUAUUUAUCUAGGUAAAGCUGAGGGCGAGAUAAUGGCUGAAGUGAACAACAGGAAUGCGGAAAAUGGAAAGAAAAUUUCACAACUGGAAACAGAUAAAAAUUCAGUGCAAAAUGAAAUCAAAGAAUUAAGUGAAAAACUGAAGCUGCAAUCCAAUAAGGCGAAUGAACUGUUUGUGGCAGCCAAAAAAUGAAAGACAGGAUGACCGAGAUUGAUGUCAGCAUUAAGCAGAUGUUCCAAAAAUGCCAGACACAACCAUACAAGUUUGAACCAUCUUCUGACAUAAAACAAAUUGUUUCGUCUAAGGUUCCGCUUGGGAUUCUAACAGAACAAAUCUUACAGAUAAACCCAAAAAGAAAGUUAAAUUUAGUUGAUAUGGAGCCACGGUUUGAUGGGGAAAUCAAUGUAAAGACAUCAGAAGAUAAAUCAGACUGCGCCAUUACAGCAUCUGCUCUUAUUUCACCAAGUCAAAUAGUACUUGCAGACAAUAACAACAAAUGUUUGAAAAUGGUUGAUAUUGAACAGAGGAAACUAUCCACAAGACAUGAACUGUGUAGUUGGCCGCUGGAUGUGGCAGUUGUAUCUAGGAACCUUAUUGCAGUUACGCUUCCAGAUAAACAGAAAAUACAGUUUCUGUCUAUCACACAGAAAAACACACUCACUGAAAGUCAUGACAUUAAUGUGAAUGGCAGGGUUCAUAAAAUUGAUUGUCAAAAUGAUAAACUAAUCAUUGGGUAUCUUGGCAAAAUUGAAAUUCUGAAAAUGAAUGGCAAUAUUGUGAAAACAAUAUCUUCAACAGAUUUAUCACAGAUAGGGGGUAUAGCAUUUUCUCAUGAUUCUAUGGCAUUCUAUGUCUCUAAUGAUAAAGGUUUCAUGAAAGAUAAACCGACAGCACUUUAUAAAUUUGACUUUGAUGGCAACAUACUAGCAGCAUUCAAAGACAAGACACUGUCAACUGUUAGAGGAAUCACAGUGACACCAGACGGUACAGUGCUUGUAUGUAACUGGACUGAAAAUGGAAGCAUUCACAUGAUUUCACCAGCAUGCAAGAACAUCAAGAAAAUUCUACAGCGGAAUGAACAUGUUCAAUACCCAUUUUUUGUUUCAUUCUGCUGUCAAACAAACAAACUAUUUCUGAGUAACUGUGAAGGAAAUUUUGCAUCUAAAAAUAUGAAAAAUGUGUUGAAAAUAUUUCAGAUGAUGUGAAUGUGCAACUGAUAAAAAGGGUCCUCUUUAUAUUAAGGUAUUCGAUCACUAAUAGUAAUGUUUACAAAAGCACUAUUUUGCAAUUUUUAAACAACUUUUACCGUGCCGUUUUUUUUAUAUAAAUUUUGUAUAACUUGUGGUAUCUCCACAAGCUCAAGUAGAGACAAAUUUCAAAGUGAUAGCCACUAUCCAAAACGUUUGCAGAAAACUCAUUUUACCCUUAAUUUUAAUAAAUGAAACAUCAAAGUUUGAAACUAUUGUUAAACAAUUAUGAUACACAAAAUAAAAAUGGCAAAAUCAUUUUUUCUAUGGUGCCGCAAGUAAACGGAUUCAAUGAGACAGAAUUCAUACUUCAACAUUGAAAAAAUAAGGUCGAAUACUGUGUUUCUGUUUUGAAUUUUGCUUACUCUGGUUAAAAAUAACCUUAGGGCAGACGUGAGACCUACCUAAAUUUCUUCCACAAUAUAUAAUCUAAGAGUGAAAGCAAAAUAGAGAACUUUCACCGCGUGUAACUCAAUAUUUUUAAAGAUGUGUAACUCUACCCCCUUCUGUUUAAGUAGUAAAUUCACUUUGAACACCAAGAAAUCGCUUAUAAGAUUGAUCUUUAAUAAUAAGUCUUGAAAGAGGUAAAAACUUACUAGAAAAAAAGAAAAUAAGGGGAAAAAAUUGGUCCCAGUAGGGCUUGAACCUACGCCGCCCCCCCCCCCCCCCAACACACACAAAGAAUUGCAGUAAAAGUAGGAUUAUGGUAGGAAUUGAAUACUCUUCAAAAAGGAGGUUCUCUAUUAGUGAUCUAAUACCUUCCCCUGUUCCGCAAUAAAUGCUACUUUUUUGUUGGAUUUCACGUCGCACCGACACAAUUAUAGGUCAUAUGGUUUCUCUCCAGCUUUGAUGGUGGAAGAAGAACCCAGGUGCCCCUCCGUGCAUUAUUUUAUCACGAGCGGGCACCUGGGUAGAACCACCGACCUUCCGGAAGCCAGCUGGAUGGCUUCCUCACACGAAGAAUUUAACGCCCCGAGUGAGGCUCAAACUCGCAUCGAUGAGGGGCAAGUGAUUUGAAGUCAGCGACCUUAACCACUCAGCCUCGGAGGCCUCUAAAGGUUACAGUCAAGUAUGUGCUAAAAUCAUGUUUGAUCUCUAGAGAGGGCCUCCUCCAGACAUAUUUUGAUUUGUGAAUUUAUAAGCAUGAUUUGCAAAUAAAAAAAACAAAUAAGAAUUUUGCUCUCCCAACAGUAGUCUUUAUAGGCAGUUUUGACUAUUUAAAUGGUAGUAUCACUUGAGUAUUUACCAUUAUUUUAUUUUUAGUAUAUUUUAUGUAGAUUUGGUCUGAUCUGCAGCUUUGCUUCAAUCUAUACUUCUCUGUAUAGUCAGUGAACAGUAUGUGUUGUCUAAAUUCCUUCUUUUAUUCAAUACAUUUUUAUUAUACAUGUAUUUUAUUUCCUGUUUGCUCAGUAGCGUAAAAUAAUACUAUUUUUGCCAGAAUGGUUGCAUUUUGUUUGUGUUCUGAUGUGUUGUCUUAAACGAAACAUUGAAAUUAUAUCAUUUCUAAACUAAGAAGAAAGGAAUAUACGUUUUGCACAG